UAUCCACACACUCUUAUCUUUUCUGCAACCAAUUGAAGUGUUGGAAGACGAAGAAGCAAAGAAACUCAACAAUGGUUGACCUCCUAAACGUUGAAAAUCCCCUUCUUUCCUUCCUUGCUUUAUCCCUCAUCUCCUUCCUUGUCUGCUGCUUGUUCUUCUUCUUCUUGUUCUCCAAUUUUUAUCGUCAACAACAAGCUCCAACCAAAACCCCAUCUCCACAAUCCUACCCUAUCAUUGGAAACCUCAUUGGCUUCCUCCGCAACCGCCACCGCUUCCAUGAUUGGGUCUCCGACAUGCUCUCUCAAACCCCUUCAUCAACUCUCCAAGUCAACUCCUUCCUUAACCUCUCACAUGGCGUUUGCACAGCCAAUCCCAUCAACCUCCAGCACCUCCUCCACUCCAACUUCCCUAACUACAUCAAAGGCUCUCGCUACCAUGAUGUCCUCCAUGAUCUCCUUGGCUACGGCAUCUUCAGUGUCGACGCCCAUCUCUGGACCUUGCAACGUAAGAUCUCUAGCCACGAAUUCAACACCAAAUCGCUUAAACACUUUAUCUCCGAUGUGGUAACUUCACAACUCUCGGACACCCUCGUACCAUUUCUCUCAAAUGCUUGUAAGGACAACCAAAUCAUUGAUCUUCAAGAAACUCUCCAAAAAUUUACUUUCAGUAACAUUUGUAAGGUUGCAUUUGGGGUGGACAUUACAUCCAUGGAUAAUUCAGGAUUUGUUAAAGCUUUUGAUGAUGCUGUUGAAAUCUGUUCAUCAAGAUUCUUGUCUCCAGUUCCCACCAUUUGGAAAAUAAAAAGAUUACUCAAUCUUGGGUCAGAGAAAAGAUUCAAACAAGCAAUCAAGGUAGUCAACGACUUUGCAUUGGAAAUCAUCAAAUCUAAAGAAAAGCAAGAACUGCAGAAUUAUAAAGAAAACACAGGGAAAAACCAAGAUUUGCUGUCGAGAUUUACGUCAAAAACAAGAUUGGAAAUGGAGUUUGAAGAUGAAGAAAAGAGAAGGAAGUUCCUGAGAGACAUAGUCAUAAGCUUCAUUCUUGCCGGUAAAGACUCAACAUCAACAGCGUUGACUUGGUUUUUCUGGUUGAUCAACGGCCAUCCACGUUGCGUGCGUUUGAUUCUUGAUGAAGUGGUAGCACUGGAGGGUUUUAACUAUGAUGAGUUCAAGAAAUUGAAUUAUUUGCACGCAGCUCUAUCAGAGUCACUGCGGUUGUUCCCGCCUGUGCCUAUCAACUCAAGAUUAACGGUGAAUGAUGAUGUUUGGCCUGAUGGGACCUACGUGGGGAAAGGUUGGUUUGCUGAUUAUUCUGCUUACGCAAUGGGAAGGAUGGAGAAAGUAUGGGGUCCUGACUGUAGAGAAUUUAAGCCUGAGAGAUGGUUGGAUGAUGAUGGAGUUUUUCAGCCGUCCGAUCAGUUUAAAUUUCCAGUGUUUCAUUGUGGGCCCAGGAUGUGUUUGGGGAAAGAUAUGGCUUAUGUACAGAUGAAGACGAUUGUGGUCGCUUUGAUGCGUGAGUUUGAGAUCAUAGCCGUUGACGGUGGUGCAAGUGCAGAGAAGAUGAUGAACCCACCUUACACGUUAUCACUUCUUUUGAAGAUGAGAGGUGGUUUCCAUGUUAGGUUGCAGAAAAGGAGGGAUUGGCAAAUGACAUUGAAGCAAACUAGUCCUAGGAAAACAGGCAAAAUCAAUGGUGUUUGUUGAUUGUUGAACUUAUUUAUAACACUAUAAAUAAAGGCCUAAUUUCGCUUUAAUGUGGCCGUCGGCAAAAGCUCGAUAAGUUUGAAAAGUACUGUAAAAAUUUAUUGUG